CCGAUCUGCAUCCUGCGUUGGCAGUUGGUGUUGAGCUUCCUGCCAUCAUCACAACGCCACUUCUUCACAAUAUCCCAGACGUACCGAAAGAGCUGCUCCUUGCAGCACGGCCCUCGCAGUAGCAACAUCGCACAUCGCAUAUCGCACCGUGGUAUCGAGGGAACCAUGAAGCGGCGAUGACGCAGACAGCAUCGCGCGAGACCAAUUUCCCGCAGACGCAGCCACCAACAUCGAAAGCGACCUCCACCGUCCCAGCGGCCCCCGGAGGUAACCUGUCAAUUCUCCCUCGUGCGACUGCCACCCGCCCCACCGAGACACCAAAGCAUGCGCCUGAUACAACCUCCGACAAAGCCACCGCGGCCUUCAUUCGACGCACCCUUUGCGCUCAUAACGUCCUCUUGGGCAAUGGCGAGAAGGGCCGGAACACGCCCCUCCCCAUCGAUGAGCUGCUUCCGCCGCUGACGAGCUCCAACGACGUUGAUCUGCAGCUCUACGCGAUUAUUGCCGUAAUCAUCAAGGAGUUUGUGUACACCUGGUACUCCAAGAUUACGCCGGAUCAGGUCUUCGUGAACGAGGUGAUCCAGGUCAUUGCACACUGUACGCGAGCACUGGAGCAACGCCUACGCAAGGUCGAUCUGGAGGCACUGCUGCUGGAUGAGAUUCCCGAGCUGCUGGAGGCUCAUGUGAAUGCCUACCGCAUUUCGCACCAAAGCCUACAUCACAAUCCGCUAGUCUCACAUCCUCGUAGUAUCUACCACACGCUCCACCCGCAUCCUGCGCUCUCGCCUGUGCCGCUCGAAUCGGACCCCACAAGCGUCGCUGCGCAGCAGCAGAAUGAGGCGGCAUGGCGCCAAUUGGUCGUCCAGGGCGUACUGGCUGUGCUGCUGCCAACUGAAGACCUGGAGAAUGGGUGCUUGCGGCUGCUAGUGGCAGAAAUCUUCGCUGAGAUGAUAGUCGGCAACGGCAUCAGCGAGAAAGCGUGCGAGGGCUGGUUGCUCUGGGAGGGUAUCACGAGCAUUGCUGAGGUCCUACAAGCGGGCGCCGACGCGGACGACAUGUCAUCAAAAGAGAUGAAGCCAGAGCAAACAAUGAGCCGUCUGGAGCGGUACGGGCUGCUUUCGUCAUCCGUCGAGGAGGCCGCUGAGCCUGUCAAGGGCCGCACGACGCCAUCGAGCAGUCAUGGGAGCGCGUCGACGUCGGUGGCCAGGGCGUUCUGGCUGGCGGUCCAAUACGCAUUUUUGGCGUGUACUGCGCUGCGAGCCGUCAUGGUGGCUCUCGCGACAAGCUCGUCGCUCCCGCCGAGAUCUGUGGCAGGAGUCAGUGCCCCGGCCUCCGCAGAAGAGCAUCGCCGAUUGCUGCCGCAACCAGCAGCCGGUGCUGCAGAGGGCGGCCACGGGGCCGGGAAGCGGGCCAUGGUCAGCAUGAAUGUGUGGUCGUGCGGCGCGCGAUUGCUGUCGCUGGAGCGUCGCAUGCCAUGGCUGGCGGGCGCGGUCGCGCUGCUGCACUGGCUGGUGGUGCGCGGGCCGGGCAGGGUGGGUGAUACAGACGGUGUAUUGGACAGGCUGCUCUUGCACACCUUCCACACUCGCGUCCUCAACCCUUCCAACAUACCCCCGCUCCUGCGCACCGUCCGCGCAACCCUCUUCCCCAACAACGGCCUCGCGCCCCCACGGCAGCCUCCCACCCCCGCCGAGGCCCAGGCAAUCAAGCGCCGGUGCGCCGCCACGUUGCUGGCGCUGCUGCCGGGCCCCGUCGCGGCCACCUUGUACGCGACGCGGCAGCCCGACCAGAUGCGGCGCCAGGUCGAGGCGGCGCUGCUCGACCCGCUCGGCGACGCUUACCUCAACAAGCAUCUGGUUUUUGCUAUCCUGGAGCUCGUUGUCGUGAGGCUGGUGCCCGAGCUGGCGGAGAAGGGCGUUGUGGAGCUAAUGGAGGAGCGGCUGGGGUAGUAGUACGUAGUCCCUAUUGAUUACAGAGUGGCUUGAGAGACAAUUCUAAGAAAAAAAAUCGGUUACAUAAUUGCGGGCAAAUUGGACGCCUCAU